AGCAGCAGGCUGCUGUUUCGUCGGCUGACCGAGGCGAGGGUGAGGUUAGCUGGACUUGUCAACUUCUUGUCGUCAGCCGACGAGCUGGACGUGAACCCCAAACAAACCUUAUUUUCUCAACCUGAAAGACUCCUCCAUCGAUCCAAACUCCAGUAUUCAGAUCAGUAUCUCUCUUUCCCAGUGUUUGGGAAACGGGGGAAAUCCACUGAAGGAUGGCAGCUGCAGCACCGUCCCUACAAAUGCAGCUGUGACUUCUACAAUGGAAAUUCCAAUCUUUACAUUUAUCCUUACCCGUAUUAAGUUACUCUUCUUCCAUUUGAUUGGCUACUUCAAAAGAGCACUCUGUUGCUUUAGCAGAAGAAGACGGGAUUCAGGCGAACAUGUUAUGCUGACUGGAGUUGGAGUGAUUCCAUCAUCAUCCCCAGCCAUGGUUGAAGACACCUGGGCCCAGUGGGACAACACUAAUGAACCGGAAUGUGUGCUUACAUACCAAGACCAGAAAAAACCUUGUGACAUUCAAGAGCACAUAGAGUUAUACCGACAACAAACUAUGGCUCUGGCUCGUCGGACAUCAGAGGAAACUGUGGAACCAGAGGCCAAUUACUUCCAGGAUAUGACACCCACAAUAACAAAGCAGAAAAAAAUAUUUGUGAAUAGCCGUAAACAAAGAGAAAGUAAUCAGCCAAGCUUAUCGCUUGGUGUGCAGAUUGGUCAUGUUGAGGCUGGUGGUGAGUUAGGAGAAUGGGUGGAAAAUCCUGGCUGGGAUGACGACUCUCAACUUGAUGGCGAUGAGACUGUGGAUGCCUUAGUCCGUGAAAAUCGAAGGCAAGAACGUGAAAGAAGACUCCUGGAACAGCAGCAGCGGCGCAUGGAAAGGCAUGGGCGGGCUGUUCCUCUUGGUGCUCGUAUCAGUUAAAAUUAAACUUAGUUCAGGCAUCUCUUCUGAAGAAAGACAUUUUUUUUAAAUGUUUAUUUUUGUUGUCUCCCCUCAUUUUGUGGGUCUUUUUGUGAUGAUAUUUUAUCUGCAAGAUACGCAGUUUUAAUCAUUGUUUAUUUUAUGGUAAGCUACGUGAUAUGUUUAGAAGUGUAGGAUCUCUGUGUAUUUUGAUCAAGAAAACGAAUGUUUGAAAACAUUAAUAUUAACUGCGAUGCUACUGAUCGCUCAACUGUGAAUGUCUUUAGCUUGUGUGAGUUUGGCUAUGCUCAAGUUAUAUUUACAUAAAUAUAUAUACAUACUAGAUUUACAUUGUGUGUCAAAAGACAAUGAUUGAUUUGCUUUUUGAAUUUAAAGAGCAUCUCACACCUACCAUAAACAUGAAUUAUAUUGUCAUUUUAGAAAAAGGAGAA